GAAGAUGGCGGCGGGCCCGGACCCGCUGGAGGAGCUGUUCCUGUCAGAGGUGGACGAGAAGGCGGUCAGCGAUCUGGUGGGAUCGCUGGAAUCGCAGCUGGCAGGCCGGGCAGUGCUGCCUGGAGGGAGGAGGCCAACUCUGGCGGGAGACAGCGUCCCUCGGGAGGGACAGCGGCGAGCCGGCGGGAUGGCGCCAUCGCCGCUCGGGGAGAAACCGGCGGCGGCGGCGGCUCCCCCUGCGGCCCCUUCUCCUGGCCCUGGCUUCGGACAGGAGGCAGCCGCUGGAGCUGGUCUCAGUCAGCGUGCAGCCUCCGCCUGCGAGCUCCCGCCACCUCCCGCCAACGGCCCCCCGUCCUCGGGCACCUCAGCGGCCGGAGCCCGGGCUUCGGGUGCAGCGACCCCGGGGACCGGCCGCCCCCCUCACUCCUACCGGCCACCGCUUCCAGCUCCUCCUUCCCCAUCCCCCAGCACCAGCAGCCCUGCACCCCCUCUGGGUACCACUGAACCUGGGGGGAGCGUCCUUCCCCUGCCCCUCCUAACAACAGGAGAGCCUCGGGUGUCGAACCACCUGCCCCCAGCACCUCCCGGAACCCCACCUCAGGCUGUCAAUGGGGUGGUCGCAGUCUGCAGCUCCCCUGCUGUGACUACUACUUUGCACUUCAACGCUGGAACUAUCUCUGGGACUUGUAGCCAUCUCCCCAAGUCUGGGGCUUUUGGCUCCAAUGUCAGUAGCAUCAACACACCAUGCAGCUCAUCUCAAAACGGUUCUCAAUUCGUCUCUGUGUCUCAAGACAGCAUCCUGAGUACUAGCACCCCCACUAUUGCACUCACAAGACCGCCAGUGCAUACUGUGAUUGCCAGCAAUGUUUUGGGCACUGCACUAUCACAGAAUGGAUUUGUCCCCCACAACCAUGUGAAUCUACCUGGAUUGGUGCAAUUUGGAGAAAAGACAGGCAUCCAUCAGGGUGCAGUAGUGACACAAUUGGCUAAACAGACUGUUGCUGUCUGUGGUCCAAUUUGCAGUCUCACAGCCACCAAUACAGACUCCAGUUCACAGACAAAGCUUGUUCUGCACACUCAGUCUCAGCCUGUUUCUCUUAGUUUAUUAAAUAACACAGCUGCUCCGAUCACAGUGACCAACACUCCGAGCAAUCAGUUGCAAUACACGGUUACCAGCUCUCUCCCUGUAACCACUGUGCCAGUCAGCAUCAAUGCAGUUGCAAAACCUGCAGUCAAUAUAAUUGCACAACCUCAUGUCGGAAUCACAAAAGUCAUUUCGUCUGCCCCUGGCAUCAUCCAAGUAUCAGCUGCUCAGUCACAGUCUCCUCGUACUGGGUUAGGGGCACCCCAACGCAUUGUAACCCCUCAGCUUAUCAUCCGUUCACCACAACAACCAACAGUGCAGCUUGCUUCUGGUUUCACCAUCCCACCAGGGAUGAUUUUGGUCCGGACAGACAGCGGCCAACUUGUCAUGGUUCCUCAGCAAGCAUUGGCUCAGGUUCAAGCCCAGGCACAACGCCCAGGAAGCAUCUCUCCCAGGCCUUCUGCUCCAACAAGUGUUGCCACAAUUUGCCUAACGUCAAGUCAGCCGGCCAUGACCAUCUCCUCAAUCAGACCAGGACAUCCACUGCAAGCCAAAGUAGUUCAACCUGCUGCCACGUCAGUGAACACAUUGUCGGUUGCUGCUUCACAACCUGCCCCUACAGCAGCUCCCACUUUGGAAUCUGGGCAUACCAGCACUCCACAGACUGUGUGCCCUACAACCUUCUCUGGAGUGCCCAGCCAUCAUGUCAUCACAUCUCAAGCCCAAGCUCAACCCCAGACCCCUGCUUCAUCUCAGUCCCAAUCUGCAACUAAAACUCAAUUGCAAGUCCAACCUCAAGUCACAACCAGUUCUCUACUUCCAGGAACACCCACAGUUACAAAGGUGUCCAUGGCAUCGCAUUCUGCACCUCUGGGAAGAGCUGGACAGGAAAUGCAGGAAAAUGUGAAGAAAUGCAAGAACUUUCUCGCAACCUUGAUAAAACUAGCAUCGCACAGCGGACAGCCUGCAGACACCUCCUGGAAUGUGAAGAGUCUUGUUCAAGACCUGCUGGACUCUAAGAUUGAACCAGAAGAGUUCACUAACAGACUUCAGUCAGAACUUAACUCAUCUCCACAGCCAUACCUGGUGCCUUUUCUCAAGAAAAGUUUACCAGCCUUGAGGCAGUCCCUGGUUCGGAAUCAGCAGUGCAUCCUGCAAGAAAAUCAGAAAUCACAAGGAGUGGCCUCAGCCCAGGCCACAUCGACUGUGCCAUCGACAGGAACUGUCAGCACAGUUAUGGCUGGAUCAUCUGUACGAACACAACAACCCAUCACUGAUAACACAGUCUCGGGAACAAAUAUUGUGACACAGGCACACAUCAACUUGGCUCAGCAAGGGCGCAGCACACAUCUGAUCAUACAGCCCCCAAUACAGACAAUGAAAAGGCAAUCUGGUCUAGGAGCUCAAGUGAGAUUACCGGUGGUUAUUACCCCAUCUAUCACACCAGUGGGGAAGACAUCACUACACCAAGGAAGCAAAGGUCUUGCAGGAUCGUUGCUCCAGGUCUCUGCCAAUCAGAAAAACAAGCUCAGUGACCCUGCAAGUGGCUCUUUUAGAGACGAUGAUGACAUCAAUGAUGUUACCUCAAUGGCUGGAGUUAAUCUGAGUGAGGAGAGUGCCAAUAUUCUGGCAACCAACUCCAAUUUAGUAGGAAUGCACAUUCGCUCCUGUAAAGAUGAAACCUUUUUGGCUAGCGGUGCUCUGCACAGGCGUGUCCUAGAAACAGCUAAAAGGUUUGGAAUCACGGACGUUCCCAUUGACAUAGUAAACAUGAUUUCAGUCGCAACGCAGGAACGGUUAAAAAUGGUCAUCGGAAAACUGACAUCAAUAGCACAACACAGAAUGGAAACGCACAAGGACCAUGAAUGGUACGAACAAGCAACAGAUGUUCGGAUGCAACUGAAAUUCUUUGAACAUCUGGAGCGACUGGAAAAACAACGGAAGGAUGAUCAGGAGAGAGAAAUUCUAUUAAAAGCAGCAAAGAGUCGCUCCAGGCAAGAGGACCCUGAACAUGCGAGGCUAAAGCAGAAAGCAAAGGAGAUGCAGCAGCAGGAGCUGGCACAGAUGAGACAACGAGAUGCAAACUUGACAGCACUUGCUGCCAUCGGCCCACGUAAGAAACGCAAACGGGAUUCCCCAGGACUGCAAGCGACUGAGGUGGGAAUGGCAGCUGGCGAGGUAACCAGACAGGGUGCAGGUCCUACAGCAGGCCCCCAGGCAGGAGCCAGAUCAGCUUUGUCUCGCCAGUACACACGACAGAGGGUAACUCGGGUAAACCUCAGGGACUUCAUCUUCUACAUGGAACAGGAACGAGACACCAGGCACUCACUAGUACUGUACCGAGCACUGCUGAAGUAGACAGUGAGGGACAAGGAGCCAGUCCCUCAGACCUACAUGAACA